AUGUUCCUUCAACGAAACUUGAUGACUGCUACUGCGGUUGUGUAUAUAACAACGUUUCUCUUCGCACUGCCUUUGAUGUGCCACAAGCUUGGUUUCUCGUCGUAUUUCAGGAGUCCAACGGAAGCGUAUGAAUUUCUAGAAGCACAAAAUGAAGAGCGAAUUAUGAACGCGAGAAACUUCUUUCGAAAUUUUGAUGGUAAAGUCGAUUACACUCACGAUAGUCAAAUUGAAUUUUCGACUGUUUUGUUAACAGCUUAUCGCGGUUCAAACACACAUUAUCCGCUACAAGUCGCCGCUCGUUUGCUUCCUCAGGUAAUUAAUGAUGAAGGAAAAACUGUUUUCACCGUGUUAAAUUUUGAUCCACAACUGAAUGAAGAUGUAGCCUAUCUUUCACAUUUUGUGAACGUGAUCAAUGGUUCGGCCUACGGAAACGCCGCCUCGAGAUCAAGGGAGAAAGAAGAUUACAUUAUGGGUUUAGAAACAGCUUUGAAACACAAUUCAACGUACAUUUUAAUCCUUGAGGACGAUGCACUGCCAUCUAAUAAUCUGCUUAACAACCUACGCUUCGUUUUGAAUCAUCGGAUGCCUGGAAGACUUUUGAAAAGUCGCCGCGAUUGGGCUUUUCUGAAACUCUACUACCCUGAGAAAUGGCAGGGUUUCGGCUGGCCGCAGGUACCAGAACUUCUACUGGUCGGUUUAUUGGGAGGAUGUUUAGCUGUUUGGAUACAAUUAAAAAUAGAAAGGCGAAGGAAACAUUCUAUCUCUUUAAUAUUCACUUUAUGGGCAGUCUAUGCUAUGUUACUAAGUUAUACUGUUGGCAGAGCUCACUGGAUAGAAUUAAGAAAGCUAUCGCCAUUCUUGUUUUCUGUUGUCCAAGCGGCUCGAUGUUGUACACCAGGCGUGCUAUAUAAUAGAUCUCACGCACGUGACCUUGCCAAUUUUCUAAAUUCGGUUCAAUGCAGUGAAAAAUAUCCAUUGGAUUUUGCGAUCGAUGACUUCGCAGACAGAUCGAAUUUGGAGAGGUAUUUAGUAGUUCCCAACAUGGUCUCGCAUAUCGGCGUUCAUUCCAGUCUAAGUAACCGGUUGAAAGAUUCUGCAGAAUUUUUCUUGAUGUUUAAGCCAUGA